GUCGUCGUGUGGCAGGUCGUCGUGUGGCAGGGCGUCGUGUGGCAGGUCGUCGUGUGGCAGGUCGUCGUGUGGCGGGUCGUCGUGUGAUAGGUCGUCGUGUGGCAGGGCGUCGUGUGGCAGGGCGUCGUGUGGCAGGUCGUCGUGUGGCAGGUCGUCGUGUGGCAGGGUGUCGUGUGGCGGGUCGUCGUGUGGCAGGUCGUCGUGUGGCAGGUCGUCGUGUGGCAGGUCGUCGUGUGGCAGGUCGUCGUGUGGCGGGUCGUCGUGUGGCGGGUCGUCGUGUGGCAGGUCGUCGUGUGGCAGGUCGUCGUGUGGCAGGUCGUCGUGUGGCAGGUCGUCGUGUGGCAGGUCGUCGUGUGGCGGGUCGUCGUGUGGCGGGUCGUCGUGUGACAGGUCGUCGUGUGGCGGGGCGUCGUGUGGCAGGUCGUCGUGUGGCAGGUCGUCGUGUGGCGGGGCGUCGUGUGGCGGGUCGUCGUGUGGCGGGUCGUCGUGUGGCAGGUCGUCGUGUGGCGGGUCGUCGUGUGAUAGGUCGUCGUGUGGCAGGUCGUCGUGUGGCAGGGCGUCGUGUGGCAGGGCGUCGUGUGGCAGGUCGUCGUGUGGCGGGUCGUCGUGUGAUAGGUCGUCGUGUGGCAGGUCGUCGUGUGGCAGGGCGUCGUGUGGCAGGUCGUCGUGUGGCAGGUCGUCGUGUGGCAGGUCGUCGUGUGGCAGGUCGUCGUGUGGCGGGGCGUCGUGUGGCAGGUCGUCGUGUGGCGGGUCGUCGUGUGGCAGGUCGUCGUGUGGCAGGGCGUCGUGUGGCGGGUCGUCGUGUGGCGGGUCGUCGUGUGGCGGGUCGUCGUGUGGCGGGUCGUCGUGUGGCGGGUCGUCGUGUGGCAGGUCGUCGUGUGGCAGGUCGUCGUGUGGCAGGUCGUCGUGUGGCAGGUCGUCGUGUGGCGGGUCGUCGUGUGAUAGGUCGUCGUGUGGCAGGUCGUCGUGUGGCAGGUCGUCGUGUGGCGGGUCGUCGUGUGAUAGGUCGUCGUGUGGCAGGUCGUCGUGUGGCAGGUCGUCGUGUGGCAGGUCGUCGUGUGGCGGGUCGUCGUGUGAUAGGUCGUCGUGUGGCAGGUCGUCGUGUGGCAGGUCGUCGUGUGGCAGGGCGUCGUGUGGCAGGGCGUCGUGUGGCAGGUCGUCGUGUGGCAGGGCGUCGUGUGGCAGGUCGUCGUGUGGCAGGUCGUCGUGUGGCAGGUCGUCGUGUGGCGGGUCGUCGUGUGGCAGGUCGUCGUGUGGCAGGGCGUCGUGUGGCAGGGCGUCGUGUGGCAGGUCGUCGUGUGGCAGGGCGUCGUGUGGCAGGUCGUCGCAUGAAUUCCCCAGUGACCCAGCAUCUACAGACACCAUAGGUGACCCAGCAUCCACAGACACCAAAGGUGACCCAGCAUCUACAGACACCAAAGGUGACCCAGCAUCUACAGACACCAAAGGUGACCCAGCAUCUACAGACACCAAAGGUGACCCAGCAUCUACAGACACCAAAGCAUCCACACAGACACCAAAGGUGACCAGCAUCCACACAGACACCAAAGAUGACCCAGCAUCUACAGACACCAAAGGUGACCCAGCAUCUACAGACACCAAAGGUGACCCAGCAUCUACAGACACCAAAGGUGACCCAGCAUCUACAGACACCAAAGGUGACCCAGCAUCUACAGACACCAAAGCAUCCACACAGACACCAAAGGUGACCAGCAUCCACACAGACACCAAAGAUGACCCAGCAUCUACAGACACCAAAGGUGACCCAGCAUCUACAGACACCAAAGGUGACCCAGCAUCUACAGACACCAAAGGUGACCCAGCAUCUACAGACACCAAAGGUGACCCAGCAUCUACAGACACCAAAGGUGACCCAGCAUCUACAGACACCAAAGGUGACCCAGCAUCCACACAGACACCAAAGGUGACCCAGCAUCUACAGACACCAAAGGUGACCCAGCAUCUACAGACACCAAAGGUGACCCAGCAUCUACAGACACCAAAGGUGACCCAGCAUCUACAGACACCAAAGGUGACCAGCAUCCACACAGACACCAAAGAUGACCCAGCAUCCACACAGACACCAAAGAUGACCCAGCAUCCACACAGACACAAAAAGUGA